UCCUCGGUGUUUCAGGGCUCCGCUUGUACAGGACUGUAAAGGUGCGUCACAAACCACAGCAUCCCAUCACAACAAGCACCUUCCAGCACUGGUUUCGUCACAGCACGUCUGUGCCGUCCAUUAUGUACAAACACACCUGUUGAGUUCAGAAGUGGUGCAUGCAGGUCAGCAGACACAGAGCUCAGCCGUGUACAACUAUGUCCUUGUUUGUGUCUCUUUCAGCAUCCAGAACCCCACCCCUUAUCCCUCCCCCUGCCUCCCUCUGAAGGGAGAUAGUGUUGUUUGUUGUUUUAGCGUGAGUUUGGUCCCACCACUCUCAGGAGAGCACAGCUCCGCCAUGGUCGACACGGGAGCAUCUGAUUGGAGAAGAGCCCUGCAGCUGUUUUUUUUCCUCCACCAGGAAUAACUUCACUCAGCUGCUGAUGGUUGAUCGCUCAGACUUGCUUCAGACGGGUGGUUUCCUGCCGAGGUGGAUGGAUGGAACUCCAAAGAGAAUGGGGAUUUUUCUGGAAUGACUGAACUGUUUAAGUUCCUGGAUCAUUUGGAAAAAUUGAAGAGAAUUAAAAAAAGAGAAGAAAUAUUGUAUGUUGAUGCAUCUGAAAGAGGACUGAAUGAAUGAGCACUGACAGCCAACACAUCCUCUAGUAGUAGGGUCUAAAUCUGGCCCCUCACCUUCCCUGUGACUGAGAUGAUGUGCUGAUCCGGAGUCUGUAUGGUCCGUACUCUUUGCCUUUUAAGGUUCAUCCCACCCACACAUGCAACAGACUGCAGCUUGAUCCUCACUGAUUUCCUACAAUCUACUAAAACAAAUGGACAUAUCUUCAUGUAGAGACUAAAUCAUUACUUUGUAAUUUCACGUCACACUUUGAUGCACUUUGGAUUUUCUCUGCUCCUGAUCUUACGUUGUGUUGUAACCUGGAGUUUGCAUCUUGCAUGUUUUUCAAUUGUUACUCCUGGAUCUUCUCAUCAUCCUCUUGAAUGAACUAUUCUGGUGCCAAAAAAGUUAGAUGGACAGCCUCUUUCCUUCGACACUGACUUCACUGACGACACAAAGGCUCAUCGUUUUCUCCUGCUGAUUUUUUAAAGAAAGUAACAACAUGAAUAAGGAAUCCCGUUUUUCCCGGAAGAUGCACGGCAGCUUCUCCACGCGCAGACACUCCUGCAUUGGCUUUGAUGUGGAAAAUGGAUUAUCUGCGGGACGCGGCGGCCCCAUUGAUGCCCAGGUCAACCCUGGUUCUGGUUUGGUUCUACAGGCCAACUUCCCCCACAGUCAGCGGCGGGAAUCCUUUCUCUACCGCUCUGACUCAGACUUUGACCUCUCACCCAAAGGUCCCACUAGAAACCCUUCAAGUGCCAGUGACCUGGAAGAAAGCUUGAAGCACUGGGAGGUCAACUGGCUGUCAUCUCGACAUUCAGAGGACAUGAUUGUCACGCCAUUUGCACAGGUUCUUGCCAGCCUGAGGACAGUUAGAAAUAACUUUUCCACCAUAACAGGCCAGCAGGAUCGCACAGUCAGCAAGAUGCGAUCUUCAAACAAUCCACCAUCAGUGUCCAAGACCAGCCUGGCAGAAGAGCCAGAUCAACAGCUGGCCAUAGAAACCCUAGACGAACUGGACUGGUGUCUGGAGCAACUUGAAACACUGAAGACUCGACACUCUGUCAGCGAAAUGGCUUCAAACAAGUUUAAGAGGAUGCUGAAUCGAGAGCUCACUCAGCUGUCAGAGACUAGUCGUUCAGGGAACCAGGUGUCAGAGUUUAUCUCCAGUACCUUUCUAGAAAAGUCACAUGACAUGGACAUCAUGUCACCCCCAUCCAAGGAAAAGGACAAAAGGAAAAGACCUAUGUCCCAGAUCAGUGGUGUGAGGAAGCCAACCUAUAGCCUUGCUCCUUCUUCCAUACCUCGCUUUGGUGUCAAUGCUAGCCAGGAGGGACUUCUAGCAAAGCAUCUUAACAUACCAAACAAUGGAUUUUGUUUGCAGCAACUUGAAGACAUAAACAGAUGGGGUAUUGACAUCUUUAAGGUUGCAGAGUAUUCUGGCACCCGCCCACUAACAGUCACAAUGUACUCCAUCUUUCAGGAACGUGAUUUACUUAAAACCUUCAAGAUUCCAGUGGACAUCUUCAUAAACUUUGUGAUGACACUUGAAGAUCACUACCAUUCUGAAGUAGCUUACCACAACAACAUCCAUGCUGCAGAUGUGGUCCAGUCAAUGCAUGUCCUUCUGUCCACACCUGCACUGGAGGCUGUCUUUACUGACCUGGAGAUCCUUGCUGCACUGUUUGCGAGUGCAAUUCAUGAUGUGGAUCACCCUGGAGUUUCCAACCAGUUUCUCAUUAAUACCAACUCUGAGCUCGCGCUCAUGUAUAAUGACAUGUCAGUGCUGGAGAAUCACCACCUGGCUGUCGGCUUCAAACUUCUGCAGGAGGACCAGUGUGACAUCUUCCAGGACUUAAGCAAAAAGCAAAGGCAGUCGUUGCGCAAAAUGGUCAUUGAUAUGGUUCUGGCAACUGACAUGUCUAAACACAUGAACCUGUUAGCAGACCUGAAAACUAUGGUUGAAACAAAGAAAGUCACCAGUCUAGGCGUCCUGCUCCUCGACAAUUAUUCUGAUCGCAUACAGGUUCUUCAGAACAUGGUUCACUGUGCAGACCUGAGUAAUCCCACUAAACCUCUUGAACUGUACCGCAAAUGGACAGAUCGCAUCAUGGUGGAAUUUUUCACUCAAGGGGACAGGGAGAGAGACAAAGGAAUGGAGAUCAGCCCGAUGUGUGAUAAACACAAUGCCUCCAUUGAGAAAAACCAGGUAGGGUUCAUUGACUACAUCGCCCAUCCUCUUUGGGAGACGUGGGCCGACUUAGUACACCCUGACGCACAGGAGAUCCUGGACACCCUAGAGGACAACAGAGAGUGGUACCAGAGCAUGAUACCUCAUAGCCCCUCACCAGGGCCAGAAACCCAGGAGGAAGAAGGCCUUCCAGAGGAAGCGUCAGCAACUGCCUCGGGGAGCUGCUCCACAUCAGCUGACAAGUUUCACUUUGAAUUAACACUGGAAGAGGAGGAGGAAUCCGAUACAGAGAGUUCAACUGAGGAUGAGCGGGGCUAUGGCAGAACCAAGAACAGCAGUGAAUGUGGUUCUUCUGCAGCUCUACAGCGUAACCAGGCCCCCAGCAAAGACCCGGGCAGGACAUUUUCUGUUGGCCUCAAGAGUGAUGCGGCAGAGGAAGGUGCCCCUGAGGUGCCCCACUUCACACUGGGCACAUAACAACUGUAAAUCUGUUUUUCUUUUUGGAUGUGCCACACUUGCAGACAAGCCUGAACAUUUUAAUUUGGUCCCUUUUUCUACUUUCUUUCUGCUCCUCCCUUUGACUUGCAAUAAAACCACAGAGAGCUGGAGAUGACUUGGCUGCAGAAAACAGUGAUUUCAGGGGGGGUGUUCUAUGACUUAUGCACAAAACUAAUAAUGUUGAUGACAGUGCAAGUGCCACCCUCCAGUGUCUCUGAAGGAGGUCUGCUACAAAAAAGGAGGACAAAACAAAAAAGUUGCUUUUGCUAUUUGCAUUUUAUUAAUUCAUAUUGACGUAUUGUUUCAAAUGCCUUUGGUAUGCAUGCUAUCAUUUUGAUUUAUAGAUAUGCACAUUUCACUUUGCUCUUCACUGACCUGUGAAUUCUUUGGGUUUUAGUUAAACAUGCGCACACUGACAGUUGUCGAGUGAGGAACAAGCACUUUUUGGAGUUGCCAAACAUGAAUAACAUUGUUAUAUCUCUAGAAAACAAACUCUAUGUCAACGUGUAGUUUGGCUUUUGCUCAUCAUUUGCCCACAGCAAUCCUUUUUCCACAGGCACUUGCAUAUAUUAAAGUGUAGAUAAGGGGAGAAUGUAAAGGCAGACGGCUCCAGUUGUUGGGUCUGCUAACAUCACUAUAACAAAAAAUUCAGGAAAUGCCCAGGAGCACUGUGCUAGAACUGUCCUCUGUGCUCUCAGCAAUCAAUAGCUUUUUGAAAGGACAUAGUCAAUGACAAAACAAGUGCCAAGCAAGAAUGACACAGCCUACACUGUAUUUUCCAUUUUGCCACUGGCUACUUUCCAUCAGCGAUGGCCGAAGUAUGCCGGUUUCUACCACCAUGUGUGCCAACCUGCCCUCCCUGUUCUCUACCUUCUGCUCAGCAUGGACUCAGACUAUGUCUUAAGUGAGGUAAACUGCCAUACAAAGGACGAGACAUCGGUUCAAAGCACUUUGGAUUAUACUUUCAGGUUUUUUUCAUACCACUUCCACCAAAGAUGUAAAACGUGACUGAUUUUCUGUUGGUGACUGAUCAGCUGGUUGAAUUGACCCUAAACAGGCUGGAGCCCUACAGCCCACAGCAGAAGGACUCUGUGUUGUUUUAUUUAUUACUGUGCAGAAGCUGGUGUUCUGUUGGAAUGUGAGAAUGCAACAUACAGAUGAGUAUGGAGCACAUCUUCACAAUGAAUUAGUUGGUUUCUUUUAUUUUUACAAAACAAGUAUAUUCUGUGAAUGAGUUUCUUUUGACUUUCUUCUUCUUCUUUUAAACAAAGAAUGUCCUUUUUGUUUUUCAAUUGUUUCUCUUUGUUAGAAAACUGACCAAAUGCUCAGUGUUGCCUUCAGCAUCAAAGACACUUUUACCUGCAUUAAAUACAACAUGCAAAGAAUAACUCAGGUUUAUUAUGUUCGCUCACAUUUUUAAUUUAGCAGAUAACAUAAAACACGAACAGAGCGCUUUUCAAAAUAAAGUGUUCUUCAGAUUCUUCUGACUUGGUCAUAUCUGCUUUUCUUAGACUUCAACUGAUUGUUCCUUUAUAAUCUUGCACCAUAUUUACUGUUCUCAGUAUUUGGUUCAAAUACUUAUUUCAUGUUAACAAUUACCUUGAAUUAGCGUGGAUAUAUAACACCAUGAUGCAGCUUGGACAAUCUAAACUUUGCCAUUUCCUGUGGCUGUUUUUGGCUUUGUUUCCAUCUUCAGUUGUAUGCCUUACCAAUAAAAGGAACAUUUUCUCUCUGUCA